AUGUCAAUUAAUUCUCUUUCGAACGAAACGCCCACUCCAACAAUCGAGAAAGAAGCCUACUUCCAUGGAUUGAUCCAACGAGAAGAUGUCUUCCAGCUCCUUGACAAUAAUGGCGACUACGUGGUCAGACUGUCGGAUCCAAAGCCCGGCGAGCCUCGCUCCUACAUUCUGAGCGUCAUGUUCAACAAUAAGCUCGAUGAGAACAGUUCGGUGAAGCACUUUGUUAUCAAUUCUGUAGAGAACAAAUAUUUUGUGAACAACAAUAUGUCGUUCAACACGAUUCAACAAAUGCUCAGCCACUAUCAGAAGAGUCGCACGGAGAUUCUCGAAGCGUGCAAGAUUUUGCAUCCUGUGCGCAGACAAUUCUGGGAGUUAGAUCAUGGCAAUAUCGUGAUUGAGAAGAAACUAGGCGAAGGUGCUUUUGGUGAAGUUUCCUCCGGAGUUAUGAAGUUCAAGAGAGGUGGAAGGCUGGUGAAGGUUGCUGUGAAGCAGGUAAAAACCGAUGGUAUCGGGAAAGAUCAAAUCAAGGAUUUCCUGAUGGAAGCUCGUACCAUGCGAAACCUCGGUCAUCCAAACAUCGUAAGAUUCCUCGGAAUCGCCGUGCUGCAGGAGCCGCUGUUCCUGGUGAUGGAGCUCGCGACGGGCGGCGCUUUGGAUAGCUACUUGAAGCAUAAUGAGUUGCUGCCGAUUGACAAGAGACACGAGAUGCUUCUUCAAGCAGCAUGGGGUCUCGAGUACAUCCAUGGAAAACCCAUGCUGCAUAGGGACAUCGCCGCGCGAAAUUGCCUUUAUGGAGAUGGGAAGGUUAAAAUUUCGGAUUUCGGCCUAACCCGUAGAGGAACCAUCUACCAAUUGCAUCCGGAGACGAAGUCACCAAUUCGAUGGCUGGCAGUUGAAACUAUCAGGACUAUGAUACGUUUCACCCCAUGAGCAUAUCUAGUAUAUAUAGUGUUUUCAGGUUUGCUCUCAGAAGACUGACGUCUGGGCUUACGGGAUUCUCUGCUGGGAGAUCUUCAACAACGGAGCCGAGCCGUAUCCGGGACUGACUGCCAAUGAGGUUGCUAAGCAGGUGACUGAUGGAUACCGUAUGCCACCACACCAGUUGGCUGCGCCAGAGGUUCAAGCGUUGAUGACGAGAUGCUGCGCGGAGAACCCCAACGAUCGUCCAACAAUGUCGGAUGUCGCUCAGAUCUUGCAACGCGUCACUGGUCAAGGACGUCCCAACUUUGCAGCGAUUGCCAAGAAAGAGGCUGAAGAGCUUCUCAUCAUGAAUUCUCGUAGUGCAAGGAGAACUUCACGACGUAAGGGCAGUAAUAAGAAGUCGGCAAUUCCAAACGGAGUUUUAACACCUGUCAAUAGAGCUCAAGAAAUUAAGCAUUGA